AUGCGAGACAAAGCGACAGACGACAAGCUUGAUCUUCUGCUAAUUGAUACUGGGGAUUUGCAUGAUGGGAAUGGCCUCAGCGAUGCAACCGAUCCCAACGGCAAAGUUACGAAUCCCAUCUUUGAAAAUAUUGACUACGACCUUCUUACCCCGGGAAAUCACGAGCUGGGCGUCGCCGAAGUGGCGUACGAGACAUUCAACAAUUUCACCAAGGUUUAUGGUGACAAGUACCUUGCAAGUAAUGUUGACAUUUGUACCAAUUGCCAGCAAGGCACUCCGAGCACAAAGGAAUGGGCGCCAAUGGCCAACAGAUUCCGAUAUUUCAAGACGACACAUGGUCUACGUAUUAUGGCAUUUGGAGUGAUCCUGGAUUUGACAAACAACGACAAAGCCAUGACCAGAAUCCAGCCAGCGGCAAACAUGAUAGAGGAAGACUGGUUUAAGAAUGCCAUCAAUCGAACGGAUAUAGAUCUUUUCGUGCUCAUUGGACACAAUCCUGUGAAGCCUGGAAUCCCCAAAUCCGAAAGCUCAUUCCCUCUUAUCAUGCAGACUCUCCGGUCACAGCGUCCUGAAAUUCCUGUGCAGGGAUUCGGAGGCCACACGCACCGCCGUGACUUUCACAUUUACGACAAUAUGUCCUCGGCUAUAGAAUCGGGCAAAUACUGCGAUACUGUGGGCUGGGUCUCCUUGGAUGGUAUAGAAUCGCAUUCAGGCCAAAAAACGGCAGGCACUGAAGUUAAGGAUGCUCUUGUCAACGAAGGUAGCAUAAUUCGAGCGGACAAUACAUCUUGCCCUCAAACUAAAGAAUUCGAUCUGAAAUUAACCCGUCGGUGGUUGGAUUGGAAUCGACUCACUUUCGCCUAUCACGCGGUUGGGUCCCAAAACAAGUUUAACACCGCGAAGGGGCUCCAAGUCACACAAGGGAUCACAGAUGACCGAAAUAGCCUCAAUUUGACAUUUGUCUACGGUUGUGCGCCACGAUCAUAUUGCAUUUCGUGCAAACCCUAUGGUGAUGAGGGCAAUAUCUAUACUUUGGUGCAAAAGGCCGCUGCGGCUACUGUGAUUAAUCCGGAUCGUGAGAACAAGUCGAGAAUGAUCAUUGUGAAUCAAGGAGCCAUUCGAUACGACCUUGUCCAAGGUCCCUUCACCGUGGAUGAUUCCUACAUUGUCUGCCCUUAUACGUCUACCUUCAAAUACAUCCCCGACGUCCCCUAUUCCCUUGCCUCUAAAGUCCUCGACGGCAUAACUGAAGCAAAAGCAAAAGCAAACGCAAAUUCCAAACGAUCAAUGUCCGUGGACAUGAUAUCAAGUCAAAUGCUCGGUUAUGACGAGUGCGAAAACCCCUCAUUCCAUAGCCUGAACGGAACAACCGACCUUGUCAAACCGAAAACCCUAUACCGUCGUGUACUUGACGAGACAGCGCUCACCCCUGGAUACACCACCUGCGAUGAUCUUGGAGAUGAUGGGGAUGAUAGUCCACACUCUGAAAUCCCUGCUUAUGACCAGCCGUAUUAUAUUCAAGCUACCGCUGCGUUCCCCAACAGCAGUGAACCAAAUACCACGGACGUGAUUUUCUCGGACUUUCUUGCUGGGCCUAUCAUUGCUGCGUUGAAUGCUGCACACCCGACCACUAACUAUACGACGAACGACACUCAAAUCUACCUUCCGACGAGUUUUACGACGAAUAGUUUCAUUCCCAAGUAUGCUACUAUUGCAUGGAAAAACGACACGAACUGCGCUGUUGGAGGAUAA